AUGUCAUUGAACGAAAUAUCUCCGCCUCCAGGUGGUUUUCCUUUGCCCGAGGACACAGAAUCUACUAUAACCCAAUCUACACCUCAACUUCUACAAGAAACAGCUUUAACCACGGAACCCGCAGAAGAAGAGGAAGACCCGGAUACCCAAAGCUUCAAAGAUGGCCAGAGCAACAUUUCAGAUGCGUCAACCGGUGUUGAUUUGGAUGCAGAGACGGCCCCCAGCCAACAUUACAAAUAUGAAGUUGACCUGUCAUUUGUUCUGACGGCAGACGCCUUGCCCACGCGCAAAAACUUAUAUUCCAGCAUCAAUGCUGAUUUGAGUGGGUCACCGCCACCGACUGGGAUCGCGUCGCUGUUGUUGGAAGCGCGGCAGGCGGAUAUAACCAUCAAGUUCGGCUCGAAAGACCAGGCGCACCAAAACGCCAUCAAUUCUGGCUCUGCUAGCAUCAAAAAGACAUUCAACGACAUAAAAGCCACCAUUGGCCACAUGCCGCCAGAACUUCUAGGUGGAGAGCCACUAGAUUGGGAUUUUUGGAGCAGAGUAGUCGACGAUUACGAUCUGGUAGUACAGGAAGAUCCGGAGUCGCUCCAGAGUGCUGUGGCAGACGGUAUCCCCAAAGAGUUCAGGGGAAUUAUCUGGCAGCUUGUAGCGCGGUCUAAAGAUCUUCAGCUUGAAGAAUUGUACAUGCACUUGAAGAGUGAGAGCUCCAUCCAUGAAAGGGCUAUCAAGAGAGAUUUGACGCGAACCUCAUUCUUCACCAACGUCGAGGCAUUAAAAAAGGGCGACGAACUCUACAAUGUCAUCAAGGCCUACUCACUUUUUGAUCCUGAUGUCGGUUAUACACAAGGAAUGGUUUUCAUUGCCGUGCCUUUGAUUUUGAACAUGACUGAAGCCGAAUGUUUCUGCCUAUUGGUUGCACUCAUGAAAGAGUAUGGCCUCCGAGAAUUGUUUGCACCUGAUAUGCACGGCUUGCACUUGUUAUUGCACCAAUUUGAUCGCCUCUUGGACCAGAAUCUGCCUCUUUUGUACAAUCACUUGAUUCGCCAAGGUGUUCGCUCACUGAUGUAUGCAUCGCAGUGGUUUCUUACCUUUUUCAGUUACAAGUUCCCUCUCGAUGUGGUGCUCCGCAUUUUUGACUUGGUGAUUACGCAGGGAAUGGAGGGUGUACUUCGUCUUGCUGUGAAUUUGAUGAUCCGUAACGAGGCUACACUUCUCCGAUUGAAUUUCGACUCGCUUUUGGAUUACUUGAAGGCAAAUCUCUUCAAUGUUUACGUGAGCGAGGAUUUCAUUGCUAGUCCUGAGAAGGAGAACAGACGGUUUUCGUUGUUGCCCAGAAAAUCCGCCCCUAAGACCGAGAACUAUUAUAAACUCAACGCAUUUAUCCUGGACUCGUUACAAGUUCCCAUUCUCCCUACAGAUCUCAUGAAGUUCAAAUUGGAAUUUGACCAGAUGUGCACCACUGAUGCUGCACGGGUGGAGGAAAUUGAAAAGUUUCAGACUGGCAACGGCGUUCUCAGGCACGAAAUUAAGGAAUUGGAAAGUGAGUACUUCAAGUUGCAUCACGACCAUAUAAGGGUGGUUCAACUGCUUGUGGAUACGAAAGUGAUUUUACCGGAGGUUUUGGGCGACAUUGAAGAACUCAAGGAUACUGUGGCCAAUCUACAGGGAGAUAUUACUGAGUUGGAGUCGAAAUUGGAAACGGGUCCUGAGGGACUUCCUCAGGAUAUUGAUAGUAAGAUCCAGGAAUUAUUGGCUGAAAAUGCCAAUGAGACAGAAAGAUUUGCCAAUCUUGAAGAGCAGCUCAACCAUCUUACUCUUGAGUACGAGAAUCUCAGUGCUGAGCUUAAGCAGAGGGGAGGCAAGAAGUGGUUUUGGUGA